CCUCCUCUAUAUAGUUCAGUUGGUCAGUCGAGUGCUCGGCAAUCAGCAGCAAGAACGAUGAGUUCCCCGGUCAGCGAGUCCAAGCUCAAGGAAUACUACGAUGUGGCCAUGAAGCUGGUCCUCAAGUGCGGACCCCUCAUGCUGGAGGGCUACCACAAGGCCAAGACGGACUACGAGGUGAAGAAGGACUUUUACGACCUGGUCACGGUGUAUGACAAGCAAAUCGAGGACAUUCUCACAGAGGGACUGGUGGCCGCCUUUCCCGACUCCCUAAUCAUUGGCGAGGAGGAGUCGGCGGCAUCGAAGCGCCAAGCGGAGCUAACGGAUGCGCCCACCUGGAUCAUAGACCCCAUCGACGGCACCACCAACUUCAUCCAUCGCAUUCCACACUGUUGCAUCUCCGUGGGCUUGGCCGUCAACAAGGAACUGGUGGUGGGCAUCAUCUACAAUCCGCCGGCGAACGAGCUGUUCUCCGCAUACAAGGGACAUGGAGCCUACCUAAAUGGCCAGCCCAUCCACACCUCCAAGGCGACGACGAUCAACCAAGCCGUUAUUGCCUACGAGAUCUCGCUCAUCCAUGCUGCUGCAGUUAGGGACAAGAAUAUCAAGCGCUUGUACAAGCUAGCCUCGAAUGCCACGGGCACCCGUUGCUUUGGAAGUGCUGCCCUGACCCUAUGCUAUGUGGCAACCGGGCAGUGCGAUGUCUACCAUGUGGAGGAUUUGAAACCCUGGGAUAUAGCAGCUGGAGCCAUUAUUCUGAGCGAGGCUGGAGGCACUGUCUGCCAUACCAGUGGCUCCAAAUUCGACGUGAUGAAGCCAGAUUGCGUGUGCGCCUCAACGCCGGAGUUGGCCAAGAACGUGAUUAGCCUUAUCGAAGAGGCCAACCAGAUUACAGAGUAUACGUUCAAGUAAAGAUAAAAUAACUAAAUAGAAGUCAGUAUCUACAUUUAUCUAUUGUAAAAAAGCUAUAAACUGCAAGAGAUUAAUGUUAUGUAUUCCUGUAAAUAAAAGUAAAUAAUGCUAAUUAA